AUGGGAUUUUUGAUGACGAUGAAGACAUGGAACCGAGCCACGAAAUGGCUCUCGAUCGCGCUCCUCUCGACCGCGCUCACGGCCUGUGGGACGCCUGAAGAGGAUGAAAACAACACCGCGGCAAACAACAACACCGCGGCCAAUAACACUAGCGCGAACAACGCCUCGGCCAACAACACCAGCGCCAAUAACGCGACCGCUGGAAACAACGCGACCGCUGGAAACAACGCGACCACUGGAAACAACGCGACCACUGGAAACAACACCAGCGCGAACAACACGGCUGCCGCGAACAACACCAGCGCCAAUAACACGGCCACGAACAACACCUCGCCAGGCAACAAUACGACAGCCAACAACACCACACCGGGCAACAACACCACGCCCGGCGGCUGCGGCAUGACGAGCAGCAAGAUCGGGUGGACGGCGACCCUGAGCACCAAGGCGCAUGGCGUCAGCGGGACGGCGGUGAUCGUGGAUGAUUGCACGGUCGAGAUCCGUAACUUCAACUAUGAUGGCACAGGCCUCGACGUGCGCGUGUACGGCGCGCCAGGGACAGACUUCACGCAAGGUUUUCCGAUGACGGACAACCUGUUGCGCGCUGGCGGUUACAGCGACGAGACGCUUGUUGCCAAGCUCCCCGAGGGAGAGGCGAUGGAUGACCUCAACGCCGUGAGCAUCUGGUGCCUGGAUAUCCCCGUCGAUUUCGACCUUAUCUUCGUGCGGUUCGAUGGUGAGGUGCUCGUUCGAGAGGAUCAUAUCGUCGCGAGGACCGAGACCAACCCGAGCUAUCACUGGGGCAACUUCCUGCUCUUCGAUCAACCUCCAAAAGAAGGCGAUAUGGAGCGCUGGUGCGCGCUCUUCGAGCAAGAGAUCGCGGCCAAACAACCCACAGAACACAUCGCCUUUGCCUGGGAUACGGUCGAGGGAGAACGCGGGGAGUGCCAACCGUUCCUCGAUCGCGGCUUCGUGGUCGAGGACUCGUUGGUGAUGACGGCCCCGACGCUCUCCUUUCCAGCGCAGACCAAUCACGAGGUCGAGGUGCGCGCGCUGCGGACAGACGAGGAGUGGGAAGCCGCCACGACGCUCCAGAUCGAGAACCGGGAGGCGAGGUUCUCGAGGGAGAGCUAUACCGUCUUCAAGGUGGCGCAGAUGAAGCGUUACCGGGAGAUGUCACGGCAAGGCAUGGGGCAUUGGUACGGCGCCUUCAUUGGCGCUGAACUGGUUGCAGAUAUGGGGCUCUUCCAUGAUGGGAAUGGCGUAGCGCGCUAUCAAUCCGUGGAGACGGACGCCGCGCAUCGACGCCAGGGCAUCUGCGCGCGUUUGCUCGUCGAGAGCGCGCGAUUGCUCGCGCAGGAAGUGGGACGGCUCGAGAACCACGUGAUCGUGGCGGACCCGGAGGGUCCGGCGACCGGGGUCUACGGCUCGGUCGGUUUCGAGACGACCGAGGUCCAGAUGGGGUUAAGUUGGUGGGAUGGGGUUAACGCGACUGCUUGA